AUGGCCACCACCGUGCUCAACUCGACCGAGUCCCCGAGCUACCCUGAACCCACCCCCAUCGUCCUCACGAGAUUACUCGAUCAGAAUGAGAAGUGGGCGGAAGCGCAUAGCGAACUAUUCCCCAUGGGUCCUCAGACUCCCAAGGUUCUCUGGUUCGGUUGCGCCGACUCCAGAGUCCCGGAGUCCGUCAUCACCGACUCGAUACCCGGAGUAAUCUUUACUCAUCGCAACAUUGCUAACCAAUUCCACCCCGAGGAUGACAGCGCGGUCUCGGUGCUAGCCUACGCCGUCGAACACGUCAAGGUCGAGCACAUCAUCGUCGUCGGCCAUACCGACUGCGGCGGGGUCAAAGCGUCCGCCGAUACCGCCGCGACCCAAUCUCCCCCAUUCUCCCGCGCCACCGCACUCGAGCGCUGGCUUGCGACCCUCACGGAGUUCGCCUGGUCAGUCGGCCCAGGCAGCGACAUUACCGAGCUCGUCGAGGCGAACGUGCGCAUGCAGGUCGUCAACGUCCUCAGUUCGGAGGUGCUCGAGCACGAGUGGAAGCUCAGGGACGUCCACGUGCAUGGUUGGGUCUACGAUCUCGCAACGGGCAAGCUGCGCGACUUGGGAAUCAGUGCGGGGCGGAAAGGGCCGGUGCAGUACUGAGCGGUGAGGACGCCGUCGUGCAUUGCGAAUGACCUCGAACGAGGCUUGUACCACUACAGUGAUGCUAUAACGAAUGUUGACCAGCACAUGUAUGCUGUCUCGUCCGACUGGUCCCACGGAAGUACUACUGCAGGCGCAAGCAAUGGGUCGGAUCAGGCCUAUCACAAUACCAGCUGGUUGUGUUAGCGUAUACGAUACUCCGUCGCCAUCGAUGGGCCGGAGAAGGAUAGAGAAGCGAAAUACUAGGUGAGCUACAGCUCACUUUCCGGUAUUUCUCAGCAUGCCUCGUGCGGUUGUCCACCUCAGACAGCUUCCAUCACAACUUCCCGAGGCUUCUGCAAUACCUCCGCUGGAUCCUGUGGCAUCAGGCAUAACC